AUGCCAUCGACCCUUGCGAGAUCGGAUAGUUUCACGAAGAAAGUGAUGGAGGCUAUGGAAGCAGACGGAGUGCUCGUUCUGUGUGGAAGAACGGGCAUGGACGCAGAGUACGCGGCAAUUGAGAGAGGCGAACCAAGAAAUUUGUUGGUGAACGCUGACGAGCACGCGUCGUUGCGCGGGCGAUUUGAAGAAGAACUCAGAGAAAAAUUCAAAGAAAUGAAACACUGGCAAGCGGAACUUCAAAAAGCACUUAAAACAAACUUCGAUCUGCGAGUCUCUUUGUGGCACAUGAGAUGCUUUCUUGAAGAAUCAACAUACCAAGUGGCAUGCGCGCCGUCAGGCCCCAGGGCAAGGGAAGAGGCUCCACCUUAA